UGAACAACGGCGCGGUGGGGUCACGUGACAGCAACUGCUGCUGCUGCUGGCUGAGCGAGUCGUGUUAGCAGAUUUUUCUAUUUUGUACAUACAUUGUUUUGUAUAUACUGUAUAUGAUGACUUCAGUGGUCAGCAAUCAAGCCCGGGGAACUCGGGACAGAACGCUGCCCAGCACCUCACAAACAACACAGCCACAAAAACAGAUACAGGCCACAGCAGAACAGAUCCGCUUAGCCCAAGUGAUCUAUGACAAAAAUGAUGCUGACUUUGAAGACAAAGUCAAACAGUUGAUUGAGGUAACUGGGAAGACUCAAGAUGAAUGCAUGGUAGCCCUCCAUGACUGCAACGAAGAUGUAAACAGAGCUAUUAAUUUUCUGCUGGAGAGCAACUCUGUCACAACCUCCUGGGAGACUGUGGGGAAGAAGCGUAAUCUCGGGAAAGAAGGAGGAAGCUCAGAAAUAAAGGAGAGCAAGGAGAAAAAAGGAGGAGAGAGGGAGGCCAGUCGUGGACGUGGAGGGUCCAGCAGGAGGGGCAGAGGCAUCAGCCGAGGCCGCGAAGGUCGGUUAGAAGAGAAUGGAUUCGAGGUGGCCCCGGGGGAGAGAGGGGGUGACCGUGGACGCAGGGGCCGGGGCAGAGGCUCAGGCGCAGGCGCAGGCGGACGUGGUAGAGGAAGAGCAGCUGUUGGGAACAGGUUCUCCUCCCAGGGAAUGGGCACCUUCAAUCCCGCUGACUACACGGCGAACUCUGGAGCCCACCAGGAGUCAUGGGAAGGAGAGGGCAACAAGUCUGCUGAGGCACCUGGAACAUGGACAGGCAAUGUGGAAGAUUGGACUUCGGAAGAAUGGAAUGAGGAUUUGUCUGAGACCAAAGUAUUCACUGCCUCUUCUGCCCUGGGAAAUCGCAACACACCUGGACAAAAUGUGGACCUGGCUAGCCUACUACCAAAGGCUGGAGGAAAUGCUAUGGACUCUGACUUGGGAGUGAUAGUCGAUGGCCCCUCAGCUGAGGAUUUGGGCUCGAGUCUGGUGUUUACCAAUUCCCACCACAAUGGGCGCACUGCAACACACAGCUAUGCACACGCCACAGCCAACAGCUACGCCCAUGCCGCCUCUGCUAGCACCACCUAUGCACAUGCUGCACUGUCUUCAGUCCUGGGUUCUGGAUUUGGUUCUCUGAAUGCACCGAAGCCGACAUCUGCCUCUGACAUCAGGACAUCGGAACAGCUCAAUGGGCCUCGGCUUGGUCAGAGAGCUGGUCAAGCUUUAGCCAACACCACCACCAGCAGCAGUAAUGUUUCCAAAGAAGUAGGGCCACCUCCAAUGCAAAGUCCUGCUCCUGCCUCUUUUCCCUCUUUAGACAUCAAGACCCAAAGAGUGGAAAACAGCCCAGUUACUACCCAACAACUAGAGAUGAAGCUUCAGCCGGAACCAUCAGCAGUGCUCAGCCAGCUGGCACAGAGACAACAACAGUCCACCAGUCUACCCACCACAGAGUCUCUGAGCAUGUCUCAGUUGCAUGCGCCACAGGUCCCCACACCACCAGGUCAUGAAUCCUCCAUGCCUUCAGUGAGAGAUGGACCCUCACCUGGGGUGAAGCUGCCAGGCCUGGAACCUUCCAUGAUGGAAGCCCCUCAGCGGCAGCUAAAAACGCAGAGACGCAGAGUACCUCCUCCCUCAAAGAUCCCAUCGUCAGCAGUGGAGAUGCCGGGCUCGGCAGAUAUGUCUGGCCUGAAUGUUCAGUUUGGAGCUCUUGACUUUGGCUCUGAGGCUGGUAGUGGAACAGUGGACAUGGCCCAGGUGGAGAUGCCCAGAGAACAAGCCACCAUUCAAGCCCCAGCUCCGGCACCCGUUUCAGUCCCUUCUGCCGUUCCCACACAGCAGUCACAAAGCAGCCUGUUCUCAAAGCCAGGAUCUGUGAGUGAACACAUGAGUAGUUUGCCCAGCUUACCCCCAGACUCUGGCUUCCCCUCACCAUCUCUGGGCUUACCCAGUGCCACACCCUCACCCUCUCUGGGUCUUCCCAGUGCAGCUGCUCCUCCAUCCUCUGCAUCCCCUGCCACAGUCAGCCGUGUGGACAACAGUGGUCAAAGGCCCAUGCCACCUCAUCUUGGCUUCUCACAGAGCAAAGAUGUCACAUCAGUUGCUGGUGGACCUCUAACGAAUGGCUACAGUGGAAUGAAGACACAGAGCACGCAGGACACCACGUCAUCGUCGCCUAGAAUUGUGAAAACAGAGUCUCCCGUCAUGACAAGCGACAGUGGUCCCAUUCAUCACAUCCCUUCCCCUGCAGUCACACCUUCCCACUCAACACCCAUCCCCACGCUCAGCAGUCACAUGACCACCACUCACGCAACUGGAUUGGCCCUUACCACAAGCUCCUCCUUAACGAUAAAUAACGAAGAGAGCUGUGGCAACCUCCAUGCUUUUUCAUCGUCAUCCAAUCAAGUUAUCAAUCCCAGUCCAUCUGCCCCGCUGGCUGUGAGCAGCUCAACCACCAAUGGUCAUCAUCCAUCUGGAGCACCAGGACUAACUCCUAAUGGCACAAACGCCACACACUCUGCUUCAGGCAGCCGCACAGCACAACUGCUCGCCACCACCUCCGGUAAAGCUCCUCCAAAUUUGGCUCAAGGAGUGCCACCUCUCCUGGCAAACCAGUACAUCAUGGGCCCCGGUGGCUUGCUCCCAGCAUACCCACAGAUCUAUGGAUAUGAGGACUUGCAAAUGCUGCAAUCUCGCCUUCCUAUGGACUAUUAUGGUUUAACAUUCCCUGGUACAACAGCUGCUAUGCCUGGAAGAGACUUGGCCAAUAAUCCAUAUUCUGGUGAGGCAACAAAGUUUGGUAGAAAUGACUCCUCUCCUCCAGCUCCACCGACAAGCCUGUCUACAUCUGGGGUGCAGUCACAGCAGCAGCAGGCACCUCAGGCAGGGACACAGGGUCAGGGCACGGGUCAGAACCAGGGUCAGCAGGCACAGAACCAGGCCUUUCUGAACCCCCCUCUGCCCCCUGGCUAUGGAUACACAGGUUUGCCGUACUAUGCUGGUAUGCCUGGGGUUCCUUCAGCCUUCCAGUAUGGUCCCACUGUGUUUGUGCCUCCUGCUUCAGCUAAACAACCUACGAUGGGUCUGGCCAACCCAUCAAAUCAGUUUCAUCAACAGCAUCAGCCCAGUUAUGGACAACAUGCAUAUGGCGCCGCCUUUGAUGACCUGUCUCAAGCCCACGCUGGGGAGUACAGUAAGGGAGGGUACGGAGGCUCUGCCCAGUCACAGGCCAAGUCAGCGGGCAGCGGCCCAGGGAAAGAUGAUUCUACUGUCAAGAGUGUUCUGGACAGAGCACCAGGACUGUCUGGGUCUGGUAACAGUGGAGUACCUGACAUGGGAGGUUCAAUCUACAGCAAAACACAGUCAUUUGACAAACAAGGCUUCCACACAGGGACACCUCCUCCCUUCAGCCUGCCUUCAGCACUUGGGGGAACAGGGCCACUGAAUCCUGGGGGUGCUCCAGGUUACGCCCCUGCUCCCUUCUUGCACAUCCUGCCACCACAUCAACAGCCCCACUCCCAGCUGCUGCACCACCACCUCGCACAGGAGGGACAGGGUGGUCCUGGACAGCGCAGUCAGUCCAGCAGCAUGCAGCAGAAAUCCCAAGGCAGCAAGUCCAGCUAUGGCAGCUCCCCCUACUGGGCCAACUGAGGAAUGUUACCCCCAAAAGUCCGUGUGUACGUGUGCGCGAUUUUGCGUGCGUGUGUAAAGC